CUGCGAACUUGAGUCACAUGCAGCGAAACUGGUUGGCUUUUGCAGUAUGCCGCUUCCUUCUGAAAUCCCAGCUAUUGCAGAUGGUCUCGGCUGGAGUCACGUGUGGGAAGAUCACGAACCGGGAGACCCUGCUACAGAAAUUGUGGUUAUGGUUCAGUCGAUACUCAAUCUUAAAUCAAUUAUGGAUCCUAGAGGUCUGAGCAAUUACUCAGACAAUGGUGAACCAUCCUUUCCUAACGUGAGUCUUCCAUUAAAAGUUUAG